AUGGCUCAGAGGCGAAUCAUUAUGGACGAAGAAAUAAAUGAAACAAACGACAAGGAAAACUUCGACCUCAGUGCGAUGUCGGCUGAGACGCGCGAUAUCGCAGACUCUACAACGCACACGAAAAAGGCCUAUACCGAUGAAGAUGUUCCAUAUGAAGAGGAUAUUCUCCGAAAUCCUACAUCAUUGCGUAGCUGGCAACGAUAUAUAGAUCACAAGAAGAAAACCAACUCACCUUGGAGGCAAAUUUGUCAGGUUUAUGAGCGAUCCUUGAAAGUAUUCGAUCGCAGUUAUAAGUUAUGGUACAACUAUUUACGUUUUCGACAACGCGUUAUAGCUCACAAGCCACCUACUGAUAUAUCGUGGUCGCACCUGUGCGAUGCAUACGAGAGAUGUCUUAUUCAUAUGCACAAGAUGCCUCGAAUAUGGAUGGAUUACUGUGCAGUGAUGACGAAAAGGCGAGUGAUCACAGACUGUCGCCGAGUGUUUGAUAGGGCUUUACGUGCACUGCCAGUGACGCAGCAUCUGCGAAUUUGGCCCCUUUAUAUUAAGUUUGUCACAAGUCAUGAUAUUCCAGAAACCUGCAUACGAGUUUACAGAAGAUAUCUCAAAUUAAACCCACGCGGUCGAGAAGAUUUCGUGGAGUACCUCAUAAAGAUUGAUCAACUUGAUGAGGCAGCCCGACAAUUAGUUGCCCUCGUAAACGAAGAUAUGCCGGUGUCAGAUAAAGGGAAAACGGUUCAUCAGCUUUGGGCGGAACUUUGCGAAUUGAUUUCGAAGAACCCAAAGAAAGUGCAUUCGUUGGAUGUUAACGUUAUCAUGAGGCAGGGUAUCCAGAAGUAUUCCGAUCAGGUUGGGAUUCUUUGGUGUUCAUUUGCUGAAUACUACAUUCGAGCUGGACAGUUUGAAAGGGCACGAGACAUUUACGAGGAAGCCAUGAUCUCCGUGAAGACGGUACGAGAUUUUACUCAAAUCUUCGAUGCCUACGCGGCCUUUGAAGAACGGAAUACAGCCGCGAGACUGGACAACCUGGCCGGCUCGCCGAGUGAAGAAGAAGAACUGGAGCUGGAGUGGCUCUUCGCGAGAUUUGAACACCUUAUGGCUCGACGGCCGUUGUUGUUGAACAGUGUGCUGCUCCGCCAAAAUCCUCACAAUGUCCACGAAUGGCUGAACAGGGUUGCUUUAUAUGAAGGGCAACCUGAAAAGCAAAUCGACACGUACUUGGAAGGGGUACGAACUGUAAAGCCAAAAAUGCAAGUAGGAAAGCUGUGCUCGUUGUGGAUAUCGUUUGCAAAAUUCUACGAGAGUGCUGAUCAGCUCGAUGAUGCUCGAAGCAUUUUUGAAAAAGCUACUCAAAUUCCGUAUGCGAAAGUGGAUGAGCUGGCCACGGUAUGGUGUGAAUACGCAGAGCUUGAACUGCGACACAAGUCAUCCGAAAGGGCGAUUACUGUAUUACGACGUGCAUGCGCUCCUCCACCUCGUAAAACGAAUUAUUUCGAUGAGACGGAAACCGUUCAAGCCAGGGUUCACAAGAGUCUCAGAGUGUGGUCCAUGUAUGCAGAUCUGGAGGAAAGCUUCGGAACGAUCGAUUCGUGCAGAGCAGUGUAUGAUCGCAUCCUCGAUCUUCGAAUAGCAACUCCUCAGAUCGUCAUCAACUAUGCGAUGUUCUUGGAAGAACACGAUUAUUAUGAAUACGCGUUUAAGGCUUAUGAACGAGGAGUAGCGUUGUUUAAGUGGCCGCAGGUGUAUGAUAUAUGGAAUUUAUACCUCACAAAGUUUGUUAAACGAUAUGGUGGAAAGAAAUUGGAGCGAGCUCGGGAUCUUUUCGAGCAGUGCCUUGAGACAUGCCCAUCAAAGUUCACAAAAAAUAUCUUCUUGUUAUACGCAAAAUUAGAGGAGGACUACGGACUAGCUCGCCAUGCCAUGUCUAUUUAUAGUCGUGCAACAGAAGCUGUAGAUAGAGCGGAUAUGUAUUCGAUAUUCAAUAUUUAUAUCAAGAAAGCACAAGAACUCUAUGGAUUGCCCCAUACGCGACCAAUUUACGAACAUGCCAUCACUGUCCUUCCAGAGGAUUCCUCUCGAGAGCUGAGCUUGCGAUAUGCACAAAUGGAACGCACACUUGGUGAGAUUGAUCGCGCUCGUGCAAUAUUCGCACAUGCUUCCGAGAUCUGUGAUCCUAAGAUCCAUGGCCAAUUCUGGGACACAUGGAUGGACUUCGAGGUCAAGCAUGGUAAUGAGGACACUUUGCGUGAAAUGCUCCGAAUCAAACGAUCGGUACAGCAAACGUACAACACGAGUGUGAAGCAUAUGUCAGCACAGCUGAUUGCUGCUGGAGCUGCGAAGGUCUGUUACUGUCUCUAUUUCAACACUUGUUUCUGGUUCUCUCGAAAAUCUCACUUUCAGGCUGCGGAAGAGAAUAAGUCUACUAAUGCUAUGCGGUUGUUGGAUAAGCAGCCAACUGUCAUUUACUGUUUACAGUCGGAUAAGCCGUCUGGUAACAUCGCCUUCGUCCGAGGUGAAAGCAAAACCACCCAGAUGGAUACUACAGAGAAUCCGGAUGAGAUCAAUAUUGACGAUGACGACGAAGAUGAUGAUGUUGCUCCUAUCGAAACGCAUACAGUGCCAGCUGCCGUGUUUGGUGAUUUGAAACGGCCGGAUCAAGAAGAAACGUGA